CCUUUGGCGACGGAAGUCUUCGCUGUGCAUUGUGGAAGUAAAAUGGCGCUGCCCAUUGGAAGUUCUCUGUAAAGUGUCAGACCUUGGCACUCUAUGAAGUAAAAUAGCAGCCAUGCCUAAGUAUUACGAAGAUAAAGAAGAGGAUAAGCAUCCAUGCGCAGGGGUGAAGGAAGAUUUGAAGAGCUGCCUGCUGCAGACUCACUGUGUACUGCAGGAAGGAAAGAGCCCAAAGACGUGUUUACAAGAAGGACAUUGCAGAGCUUUACAAAUCACAUUUUUUGAGUGCAAAAGAUCAAUUCUUGAUAACAGAGCAAGAUUCAGAGGGAGAAAGGGUUACUGAGUAGCGGAUGACAUAGCUGAAAGCUGGUUAGCUGGAAACGUAUAUACAAACUUCAUAGAUUACCAGUAAAACUCCAACACCAUGUGUGCUUCCACAUGCCUAUGCGUUAAAGGACUUAUGAAAGAUUGUUAGUUGUGGUUUCACUGCCUGAGGAUAUUCAGCAUCAUUAAAGAAGUGAAAUAUCCCCUUUUUUUUUUUUUUUUUUUUUUUUUUUUUUUUUGAAAGAUACUUUUUUUAGAAAUAGAACUUGGCUCUAAAAUGAAGUUUGUAUAAUUACAAAAUGAUUUUUGCGGUGUCAUUCCGCUUCAAGGAAAGUCCGGAGUGCUUAAUCUUAGAAAAAUGUAGAUGUAUCAAAUUCUUUUGCAUUAAAUGUUUAUUUUCCUGAUUUGAUAAUCACAACUUGGCGUGUUCUUUGUGUAAGAAAAACAAAUGUGUAUAUAAAAAUGAUUCAUGCACAAUGGAAAGAUGUAUGAAUGUCCACGUUCACGUGCCAUGUAGUUUGUGAUAUAAUAUAACCACUGUUGGGCAUCUUAUACCAUGGUUAACAUGUAAUAUGAUUUGUGUGUAUUGAAAUAUGGAUGUAAAAUGUAUCAAUAUGCAAAAUGUUUGUUAUACCUUUUAUUCCUAUGAAGACAUAAUUUUUAGAAUUUUAUCUUUCUUGGAUUUUAAAUUGCCAAUCAGUUUGAUGUAACUUGUUACUUAAAAGGGAUAGAGACAAAAUAUAAUAUGUGCUUUAAUUACUUUACCUGAAAAUUUAUACUGCAGUGCCUCGCCAUUAAGUUUCUGAAUUGUACAGCUCUAACUCCCCCCACACAAUUCCUUAUAUGGCUGUAUCUAUAUCUCCGUUUGAUUUGGUAGAAUACAAGACGGUAACCCUCAUUAUCUGCUGGAGCAUGCCUAGGAGCAAAUAAGCUGCUGUGAACUCAGUUGAAAUACAAUGCAUGUGUUUCUGAUGCUAAACACUGAUAAGGGGAGGUGGAUCAAACUUCUCCAGACAGCAUUGCUAUUGUAGCUAAUUUUGCUUAUUUUUGAAAAUUUAUUUUAAAAUACUUGCCAGCAAUUUUUUUUAUUUUUUUAAUGCAAACUAUUUUUAUUUAAUUAGCCCUUUUAGGAUAUGCACAGAUCUCAACAUGUUUUAUGGCAACUUUAAAACACAGUAAGUGGCUAAAAAUAGAUGCAUGUAUAAAGCUAUUUGGGAGUGAAAAAUGUAGAUAUGUUAAUAAAUACUUAAUUGGUGAAUUGAUGUAACAUGGUAAGGAAGGUGUAACUAGUAAAAAAGAAAAUGUUCACAAAUAAUAAAAAUAAGUUACACAGAAA